AUGUCGACCACCAAUCCCAGUAUGAUGCUGGUGUUGGCCACCUUGAGCGGUGUAAGCACCCAUCUUGCACUGUUCCGCCGUGGAGAAUGGGAUGUUCAAGCCCCCAAAAUCGUCCUCUCUUACUUAGCCCUGUUGAUCGGAGCUGUCGUGCUGGACCGUGCGGCGAAAGCGAAUUAUUAUGAUUUUGGCGCACCUUAUCCUUGGUUGGUCAAGGGCGUGGGAUGUCAUAUUCUAGGCAUAUACGCUUCCAUGCUCAUAUACAGGGCUUACUUUCAUCGCCUGUCUCGAUUCCCUGGGCCAUUUUUUGCAAGAUUGUCGAAUUUCUACGUCACUGCUCUCUCUGCUCGGAAGCUUCAUCUUUAUGAGGAGACUGCGGAACUCCACAAGAUCUACGGAGAUUACGUGCGACUAGGCCCUACCGAGCUGUCCAUUACAGAUCCAAAUGCAGUCAAAGCCAUUUAUGGCUCGCAAGCAAAGACUUCCAAGGGGCCAUGGUAUACAGUCUUGGAACCGAGGGUGUCUCUCCAAAUGGAGAGAGACAAGAAGGAGCAUGCACGCAGAAGGAAGGUUUGGGACCAAGGUUUCAGCUCAAGAGGCCAACUCAUUGAUGUUAUCGAAAGAGAAUUGGGCAACUCUAUGGACAUCUCCCGGUGGUUCAAUUACUAUAGUUUUGAUGUGAUGGGUGAUCUGUCGUUUGGAAAGUCAUUCAACAUGCUAGUCGAUGGCAAAGACGCAUACAUUUUGAAACAACUACAUACUGACAUGAAAAGCAUCGGGCUUUUCAGUCAUCUCACCUGGCUGUUCCCAUUCGUCAAGAGGAUCCCAGUGAAUCCUCCAGAUCGCCCAGACGUCUUCUCCUCGCUACUUGAAGCAUACGAACAAGGCCCAAAGACCAAGCAGGAUACCGAAGACCUUCACGGUGAUGCAUACUUGAUUAUUGUUGCAGGAAGUGACACCACGGCUGCAACUCUGACCAACAUCUUCUUCCAUCUUGCCUCUGACCAAGUCUUGUAUAAGAGACUCCAGGCUGAACUUGAUGCUUUAACGGAUCUGUCUCAAGACAGACUGCGAGAGAUAAAGCUCCUUGAUGCAGUGAUCAACGAAACCCUCCGUCUGCAUCCUGCAGUACCUUCUGGAACACAGCGCUUGACCCCACCCGAGGGGAUGACUAUUGGCGAAAGAUACAUUCCUGGAGACGUAAUGCUGUGCAUCCCCUCACACACUCUAUUCCGAGGUAAGCAUCACCUCCUACCAUUCGAUAUUCCCCCUGCCGUGAAACAAGACGUUUCUUCUGCAGAGCUAACCAUGACAGAUGAGCGUGUCUUCUCCCGUCCGGAUGAGUUCCUGUGUGAGAGGUGGACUACCAAGCCCGAGCUUGUUAAAGAUCAAUCUGCAUUUAUUCCGUUCAACAGCGGGCCAUACUCUUGCGUCGGAAAACAACUGGCCCUCAUGGAGCUAAGACCAGAAGGCAUCUGCCUUUUUGGAGGGAAAAAGGACACUUUCACACUGGUCACGGCCCCACUGGAGCUGGUAUUCAGCAAAAGAGAAGGGAAGAGGGGUUGA